AGCAAGCAUAGCGACAUGUAAGGCUAUGUAAGAAGCUAAGUAAAAAUGUGGGGUCUAGAACCCGUUAUCAAGCCUUUAUGACUGGCAAAGAACCGCCUGUAACGUCGUUACCAUGGGAACGUGGGUGGGGAGCGGCCUCUUCUCUCCAAGCCCCAUCAGACACAUUCCAUUGUGGACAGUACGUUCUACAGACCUUGCUUACUGAGUUCAGCCUUCAGGUCGAGAGGAAAAUAACAAAUGUUCUGAAAGAUUCCGUGAAUAAGGAGUUAGCCCGGACUCUGCUAGCUGGAGAUAAAGAUGAGUUUGACAUGUUACUGAAGUGUCUGACUAACGUGUCAGAACAUGCUCUACCUUCCAUACUUACCGCGCUCUUCCAGUGGCACGAUAUGCAGAUAAAGCCGAUACAAGAAGCAAGGAAGAGUAACAAAGAGUUGUCCAGUGUAGGAGAAACUAGAGGAGAAAAUUAUAGGAGAUCACUACCGGCUAUUCUGAGUGACUCUCUAUCUCUCUCCUCCUCUCCUAGAAGUAUACCCGAGCCUUUCCUGACUAUGGAGAAAAACGCUAAAAUCGUUACGGAAGAAGCUGAGAAACUAGAAAAACACGAGUUAGCUGUGGAAUUCAUCUUCUGUUUAGCCCUCAUUGCAGUUUUACCUCAGUUAAGUGUACAUCCUGUCUCAGACGAACAAGUCCGGGAAAUAGAAAACCUAUGUUUUAAAAACUUCAAGAGAAAAGAUUUCAGUCAACAUAAUUCAAGAAAUGGGAAAGACCUCACGGAUCUUUAUGCUGAAGUUUUGGGAGUACUUUCUGAGGCUAGAUUUCAGUCCGUUAUAAGAAAGUUCAAAAGGGAAAUCAACCAGACAUACUACACCACACAGACGAUCAUUAACUUUAUAAAUGGAAUGAGAUUUAUCAAGUUGAAAUUAUACCCCAUAGAAGCACUGCAGGCUUCAUUCGAAUUUAUGCAGGAGCUCGGAGAAUUCUUCCUGGACGCCAAAGAAAAAGAAACACGUCACUCAUACGCAGGCCUAAUAACCGCACUGCUAGUUCCUGUGGCUGCAGUGAUAAAUAGAGAGGUCAAUGUUCCUGUUUGUAGGAACUUCGUGGACAAGUUGCAUCAGCCUUCCCUUCAGCUGUCAUCCAGGAAAACCCAUGCUGCACACCUAUAUGACAUGAUAACGAUUCUACUGAGUGUAUCAUCAAAACAGUUCUUCCUUACCAACUGGCCUAUAUUUCUCCAAAUGUGCAUUAGCGGACUGAAGACGAGAGAUUUAUCAAAAGUGUCGUUCAACUGUAUUUACCGACUGGUAUGGGUAUACGUAGUCAGAAUAAAGUGUGAAGCCAACACCACCACCAACCAGCGGCUCACACAGAUCAUCGAGGCUAUCUUCCCAAAAGGAUCCAGAAACAUCAUCCCCCGCGAGGGGGUGCAAGCAAGGGACUUUAUCCAGCUCAUCCUGAUAAUAUCACUUGAGAAGCUGGACUAUGUGAUGAGGGAGGUGGUGUACGAUCUGCUUUGUGUAACAACCGGAAAAUGAUCACGUCUAUAUACCCUGAACGUAUGAACAUUGGGCUAAACGCGUUCCUGGCGAUUGCAAACCAUCUGGAGAAGAAAGAGGGUAACCCACCUAUGCCCGGGAGUAACUUCUCU